AUGUCCCAAUUUCCACCAUCGUCGCCGUUGGUUGACUCUCGUCGUGAAUUGGAUCAUCCUUUUGCUCCUAAACGACUUUUCAAAGAAUCUGAACCAAUUUAUCCAACUCCCCAUCCUUCAUCUACCACCGGAACUUCGUCUCCUACUAGGUCUAGGUCGGUUGAGCCUAAGAAUCUUAUUGUAAAGAACAAGGAUUUCAAUGUAAUUGACCCCCAAGAAGCUGUUCUUCGUGUACCGUUGAUUUCUGGUGCCAGUCAUUUGACCAUCGGACGCUCAAAACAGUCGAGUGAUUUCCAAUUGGACUCCAAAAACAGAACCAUAUCUCGUACCCACAUCAAGGCGUCGUAUAGCGAGCAGCAGAUUGUGCUACAGUGUCUUGGGUUCAAUGGGUUUGCCAUGAGAAUCCCGCGCCCGUGUUUGGUGUUUGCAACUAAUCGCAAAAACGAUUACAUUUUAUUGGAAAAUAAGGGGAAAGUACUUGACGCUGAUCGCUUAGAACCAGCCACGAGGAAAUCAGUGGUGUUGGACGCUAACCAUACGGAAUUUGUUGUGAAUCGCGAUGAAACUGUGACGUUGCCUAGAUUGGCCAAUAUCUUAAUUGAGAUCCGAGGCUCACUCGUAUUGUUGAAUCCAGAAGAUGAAAACGAAACUGACGAAGAAACGCCUGUUCUUGUUCAGCAGCAGCACCAGAACCAGUCAGCGGUUGCUGAAAGCACUCCCGUUGGAACCCCAUUGAAACCAGUUCCAACCACGCCAGCCAAAUCUGGUUUCAAAAUCACCUCGGAAGAAUCCACUCCUCUUCCUGCCAAGUCUCGCGCACUGACCCCAUUGGGUGAUAUCACAAACUUGCACAAAUCUUCCACUUCUACUCCUAAAACACCUAAUCCCAACAAAAAGCGCCGGGCUCGUUCCGAAGAACCCCAGGCCAAAAAGAAAAAGAAGACCACCCCAUCCACGAUCCAGGAUGUGGAUAUCGAUGAAAACAGUAUCAAGUCUCUCAAGAAUCGGGCGGAAAUUGAAAACGUUCUUACCAAUCAUCUUGCAUUCUCUAGAUUGUCUUCUACCCCAGCUUCGUUUCUCCUUUCAAUCAGUGUAUUGACAGGAAACUUGGAGUUGAUUCAGUUGAGAACUAUUCUCCAUCAUGUUAAAUGUAUUGGUGUGAUCCACCGAGAGGGGAAAGAUGCAGCUGGUAAACCUUUGGAAGAGGAAUACUACUAUAUGCCCGAGAACGAUGAUGAUAAGGAACGUCCUACAUUGGUGCAAACAAUUAGAGGCCACGGUGGAUUACGUGCAUGUCGCAGAACUCACAAGCAGUAUUUCUGGAAAAAACCAGCACCUAUCAAGAAAUAG